AUGGAGGUGGGUAUUGUACCAGACAACAUGGCAACGACAGACAUGCCAAACUCCGGCAUCCUGCUGACACCUGCUGGAGCUAUCAGCCUCUUCUCGUCAGGUCCUUCACUUCAGAUGCCACUUCACUUGACCUCCAUGGGGAGAGAGGGCAGGGUCCUCAGGUACAAGGAGAAGAAGAAGAGCAGAAAGUUUGAGAAGACCAUACGUUAUGCGAUGAGGAAGACAUAUGCAGAAGCAAGGCCGAGGAUCAUGGGGCGCUUCGCCAAAAGAUCUUCUGAUAUGGAAAUCGAAGUGGACCAGAUGUUCUCAACUGCAGCUCUGUCGUCUGAUGGUAGCUAUGGUACCGCUGCAUGGUUCUGA